AAUGGAGAGGAAGCCAUGUAUUACUGCAAGAAGUGCACUUACCGAGCCCCUCUUUAUGAGAUCGUCAGGAAACACAUCUACAGGAAACAUUUUCAGCAUGUGGCGGUGCCCUACAUAGCAAAGAGAGGAGAAAAGUCACCCAACGGUGCAAUGGCGCUAGGUGCAAAUACCCGGGAAGAGUGUAACACCCUCUGCAAGCAAUGCCUUUUCAUGCCCAAGUCCUAUGAAGCUUUGGUGCAGCAUGUCAUUGAAGACCAUCAAAGAAUAGGCUAUCAGGUCACUGCCAUGAUCGGACACACAAAUGUAGUUCCCCAAGCCAAGCUCGUGAUGCUGAUUGCUCCCAAGGCUCAAGAGAAAAAGGGCAUGGGACUCCCACCAAAAGUUAGUUUUCUUGCUUCUGGAAAUGUCCAAUCUUUGCCAUCACAGCAAAUGGUGAAUCGACUAUCAACAGCAAAGCCCAACUUUAAUUCAACGGGAGUCAACAUGAUGUCCAAUAUUCACCUACAGCAAAACAACUAUGGAGUCAAGCCUGUGGGCCAGAGCUAUGGUGCUGGCCAGUCAGUGUGGCUGGGUCUCGGUGGCAGUGCUCCAGUUUCCAUCCCUCAGCAGUCUCAGUCUGUCAAGCAGUUACUUCUGAGUGGAAACGAGAGGUCCUAUGGGCUAGGUGCUAAGAAGAGGUCCCCAGCAGCAGCCAGGUAUUCCCUGCAGAUUGCCAACACCUCCUCUCUACCCCCAGGCCAGGUGACAUCUCCCUCUGUGUCUCAGUCACAGGCAUCUAGAGUGUUAAGUCAUUCCAGUUCUAAACCUCCACCUGUAGCCACAGGCCCUCCUCCAAGCAACCAUUGUGCCACUCAGAAGUGGAGAAUAUGUACAAUCUGUAAUGAGCUUUUUCCUGAGAACAUCUACAGUGUUCACUUCGAAAAGGAACAUAAAGCUAAAAAAGUCCCAGCAGUAGCUAACUACAUUAUGAAAAUAGACAAUUUUACUAGCAAAUGCUUCUACUGUAAUCGCUAUUUGCCUACAGAUACCCUACUCAACCAUAUGUUAAUUCAUGGUUUGUCUUGUCCAUAUUGCUGUUUAACCUUCAAUGAUGUGGAAAAGAUGGCAGCACACAUGGGAAUAGUUCACACUGAUGAAGAGAUGGAGCCUAAGAUGGAUUCUACUUUUAGCUUUGAUUUGGCAUUGCAAAAGGGCAGUCACACCAGUAAUCAUCUCCUAGUAACCACAAACAACCUGAGGGAUGCCCCAGCCGAAUCAGUGGCUUACCAUGCCCAAAAUAAUGCCCCAGUUCCUCGAAAGCCACAACCAAAGGUUCAGGAAAAGGCAGAUGUCCCUAUUAAAAGUUCACUUCAAGCUGCAGUGCCCUAUAAAAAAGAUGUUGGGGAAACACUUUGCCCUCUUUGCUUUUCAAUCUUAAAAGGACCCAUAUCUGAGGCACUUGCACAUCAUUUACGAGAAAGUCACCAGGUUAUUCAGACAGUUAAUCGAGUUGGAAAAAAACUAACUUACAAAUGUAUCCAUUGCUUUGGUGUGUACACUAGCAACAUGACAGCCUCAACAAUCAUCCUGCAUCAAGUCCACUGCAAGGGUGUUGGAAAGACACAGAAUGGCCAGGACAAGACAAAUGCGCCUUCUCGGCUCAAUCACUCUCCAGGCCUGGCCCCUGUGAAGCGCACCUGUGAGCAAGCAAACUUUCCAUUGCUAAGAAAACAGAAGCUGAAGGAUGAUGGUGAUUCCCUCAGCUGCUUUGAAGAGAAGCCUGAAGAGCCUGUUGUUUUAGCCUUAGACCCCAAGGGUCAUGAAGAUGCUUCUUACGAAGCUAGGAAAGGCUUUCUCACAAAGUACUUCAACAAACAGCCUUAUCCCACCAGGAGAGAAAUUGAGAAGUUGGCUGCCAGCCUAUGGCUGUGGAAGAGCGACAUUGCUUCCUAUUUUAGUACCAAGAGGAAGAAGUGUGUCCGUGACUGUGAGAAGUACAAGACUGGGGUGUUGCUAGGUUUUAACAUGAAAGAGUUGAAGAAAGUUAAACAUAAGAUGAAUUUUGUUGCUGAGUGGCUAUUUGAAAAUCAUAAUGAGAAAGACUCAAGAGUCAAUGCUAGCAAGACUGUUGACAAAAAGCUUAACCUUGGGAAAGAAGAUGACACCUUCUCAGAUAAUUUUGCACACUUGGAAGAAGAAUCCAAGGGAAGUGGCAGCCCUUUUGACCCUGUCUUUGAAGUUGAGCCUAAAAUUCCUAGUAGUAAUCCAGAGGAGCAUGUACCAAAGGUAAUUCCUGAGGAUGCUUUGGAAUCAGAGAAACUAGACCAAAAAGAGGAGGAGGGUGGUCCAAAAUAUGAAACCAUCCAUUUGACUGAGGAGCCAACCAAACUAAUGCAUGGCGCCUCUGAAAGUGAGGAACAAGAUGAUGUAGUUGAGUGGACAGAAGGUACUUCGCCUGGCUCCCAACAGAUCUCAAACUUCAAGGAUAAUGCAUGUGAAAUGAAACCAGGAACCUGAUCUAAUGAGUCUUCCCAGAGUGAAGCUGCAAGGAGCAGUAAGCCAGCUGCAAAAAAAAAAAAAAAAGUUAUGGUACAAGAUGACACAGAACAGUUGAAAUGGAAGAAUGGUUCCUAUGGAAAAGUUGAAGGGUUUUGGUCCAAGGACCAGUCACAGUGGGAAAAUGCAUCGGAGAAUGCAGAGCGCUUACCAAACCCACAGACUGAGUGGCAGAAUAGCACAAUUGACAGUGAGGAUGGGGAGCAGUUUGAUAGCAUGACUGAUGGAGUUGCUGAUCCUAUGCAUGGCAGUUUAACUGGAGUGAAACUGAGCAGCCAGCAAGCCUGA